AUGUUUUUUACAAAGAAACCGGUUGAGAAGGAGAAAAUCCUUCUCGAAUGGCCUCCUUUGCUGAAAAAGCGUGAAAUUCAAGACAUGGUUCACGGUCCCAUUUCCUUGUUCCACCCACUCGACCAAGUGGUAGAUAGAAGAGAGUUUCAACGAUUACGUGAACUAAAACAGCAAGGUGUCUCAUACUUUGUGUGUUCAUGUAGCACACAUAGCCGUUUUGUGCAUAGUUUAGGAGCUUAUUGGCUAGCAUACAAAUUUGUGGAGUCUCUCAAACGGGAUACUUCUCUGAAUAUUACCAGUCAGGACUAUCUGUGCGUUUGUUUGGCAGCACUCUGCCAUGACUUAGGGAACGGUCCGUUUCCACAUUUUGAUGGAGCUUUUCGCCAUGCGUCUGGAACUGCAACUCAAUCAGAGUUUUCGGAUUCAGACGGCAAUUGGCUGCCACGGGGUCGACCGGUAGAAAAAGCUUUUCUCUAUGACAUAGUUUCGGAUGGUAGUGGUUUGAUUGACGUAGACAAAUUUGAUUAUCUUGUAAGAGAUUCCUUCCACGCAGGAAUACCCAUUCCAUUCAACAAGGACAGCAUUGAACGGCUUAUUGAAAAUGCGCGAGUUCUUCCUGAUCCUGUUCUAGGAUUUCCUCGGAUAUAUUACGCAAAGAAGGUAGCUAAUAUUCUUUCAUCUGUGGGAGAUUCACGACAGAUGAUGCACAAUCUUGUCUAUCAACAUCGAGAUGUACGCGCCGUUGAAGAAUUGAUGGCGCAAACAAUGAAUUUGGCUGACAAGUACAUCAAAUACAUGGGAGAUGAUGGAAAAGAGUACAGUUUGUCGAAAGUGACACAAAAUUUAGAGGCUUAUCUAAAGACUACAGAUGCUGUACUGACAGAAAUUGCAAAUUCAUCUAACGCUGAAAUCAGUAAAGCGCGAAAAAUUCUGGAAGACAUUGCUCGCAGGAAUAUUCCAGUCAUGAUUGCAGAAGUAGAGUGUGGACCGUCCUGUGCUGAGUUGGGGGUUCGAGUGAUUAAACGUGAGCUGGUUGGUAAAACUCACCUUAUGACUAGAGUUUUGUUACACGAUAACAAGGUCAAUGAUAAAAUUGCUCAGACUGUCAGCGACGAGUGGCUUCGUCUAAAAGCUCCACAAGAAGCUGCUGUCUGGUCCAUCUGUUUGUACGUGUCUCGCUCUAUGAAUAAUGAAGAGAGAUCAAAAGUAGUUGAUGCUUUCGACGCUGCAAUUACAAGAUUCGGUUUACGAUGUGAGCGAUUCUAA